AUGAAGUUCAUCUUUUCAACUGCCUUGAUGCUGGCCUGGUCUUCCUUGCCAUCAAGCAAUGCUCAAUCUUGUUACUCUACAAGUUGGCAAGACAGGGGCACGGGCGAUCAAGGCCAAGGUCUGCUUCGCAUGAAUUGGCAACAGAGGAAGGACUCAUGCGAAGGUCAAGGUCUUCGACUCUGCACCUACGAUGAACUCUGUCCUGGUGGCGCUGGCAUGGACGCUCUUGGAUUGCCAGCCCAGAAUGUUGGAGACAUGUGGGUUGCUGUUUCGGACUCAUUCUGGUGCUCCAGCAAUGCUUUUGUUCAGUUGGGAGAUCAUCCAGCUGCUAAUGCACAACCUGAAAAAUGCUGGACACAUGACGCUGUAGCUGGCUUUUGCCCAUCCUGGGGAACUCGGGUCACAUUUGACUUGGUUGAAUUUCACCAAUGGAAUGUUUGCUGCGAAGACACCACAUGCCCUACGAGUACAAGUGCUGGAGGUGGUGGUGAUCCCCACUUCAAGGUAAGCCAUGGAAAUCUUGUUGUGCCAUCCAUGAGAUAUUGCAGCUGUUGA